AUGGUCGUCGUAAAAGAUUCAAUAGUGGAAACAUGGCGCAAGAUUAUACAAAACACUCCUGGGAGGAAAGACAAAUCAUGGGUCGUGUUUCGCCACGGCACUUGUGUGAUUCUUAUGAACGGUGCUGCUAGCAAGGAAGAUGCAACAACGAAAGCUACUCAGAUCAUCGCAGAAUAUGGCCCAGUUCAUGCCGGAACUCCCGCUGGAGAUUUUAACGUCACCCAAAACCCAGCAGUGGAAGGAAUCAUCGUAACGUGCUGGCACGAUGAUGUUUUGAAUUUUGUUGGCAAGGAUGAAGAUGGAGGUAAUCCCUUUGUAAAUGCUUUGGUCGGGAGAAGCAAACGAGAUCAAGAUGGAAGAAGUCCUCAAGUCUUGCACGUGGAAUAUAAUGGUUGAACCUAGCUAGGUUGUAAACACCUGUACAAGUCGAUUAAUUAGUACACGUUAAAAUUGAUGAAGAAUUUUAAUGUUUCGAAAAGGAUUUCUAUCUAAUUCCCAUAAAUAUAUUCCUUGAACAUUUCGCACUGACUGCUCCGUUUUCUUUAUUUUAUUUUAUUUUUUUUNUGUUUUGUUCACAGUUCACAAGUAAAAAUCAUCAGUUGUUUAUAUUUAUUUUACUGACAGUUUAUGUAACAAACCGGUCGAUUUCCACUGUUUUUGGCUUCCAACCAUGUUACAAGGCGACCAAGCUGGUAGGCAAAACAAUGCAUAUAUUUUCCGCAGCAUUUGCAUUCAAAAAGAAUUAUUCUAGUUCCCAUCGGAGAGUAAGCUUUGUUCCUUUCAACCAACAUGGCCGCCGUGACGUCAGCUUCAAAAUAACUUGCACGCGUCUUAACUUUAAAUUUUCAGAAACGUUACCUUCUUGAAUGCCUUGUACACAGUUGCGUACGUUCCUUGGCCCAGCUUUUCGGUCACUACAUAGUGCUCUAGCCUUGGAGGCGGAACUACUCGGACAGAACCGACCGGAGCCGCCAUCUUGCUUGUUUACGAUGGAGCCCGCGCUCAAUACCGCUUGACAAAUCGUAGGUGUCAAAAAUAGAACUGGUUGAAACCCGGGUUUAAAUUGCGGAAAAAGCAAGGCCAGCAAACUUUACAUCUAGUAGAUUCAUGACUUUUUGAACAAUUUGCCUAAAGUUGAACUUCUUCAGUGAAAACAGGGGAAUCGGGAUCGAAAUGGUCGUCGUAAAAGAUUCAAUAGUGGAAACAUGGCGCAAGAUUAUACAAAACACUCCUGGGAGGAAAGACAAAUCAUGGGUCGUGUUUCGCCACGGCACUUGUGUGAUUCUUAUGAACGGUGCUGCUAGCAAGGAAGAUGCAACAACGAAAGCUACUCAGAUCAUCGCAGAAUAUGGCCCAGUUCAUGCCGGAACUCCCGCUGGAGAUUUUAACGUCACCCAAAACCCAGCAGUGGAAGGAAUCAUCGUAACGUGCUGGCACGAUGAUGUUUUGAAUUUUGUUGGCAAGGAUGAAGAUGGAGGUAAUCCCUUUGUAAAUGCUUUGGUCGGGAGAAGCAAACGAGAUCAAGAUGGAAGAAGUCCUCAAGUCUUGCACGUGGAAUAUAAUGGUUGA